AUGGCUCUCGCUGCACUUCUCUUUGCUGUGUUUGUGCUGUAUUCACCGCAAACACAAGGGUCCAGUGCUGUGACAACUGUGUUUGUGCAGAAAGGGAAGGAUUUACACCUGGAUGUUAACAAACCUGUUGUUAUACGAGAAGAUGAUGAUGAAUUUAGUUGGAAAAUCAAUGACACUCAUAAUGUAGUGAGAUUAUUUCCUGAUAAAAGAACAAGAAUAAGCAGCAGUUAUGCAGGAAGGGUUGAGUUUUCUGUACAAAAUCACACUUUGCUUUUGAAGAAUGUGCAACACAGUGACAGUGGAGAUUACACUGCACUCAUAAACAGAGAUGACAUCCAACCUCUAACUGAAUACAAGGUCAUAAUUCAAGAUCCAGUGUCUCCAGUUCAGCUGUCAGUGAACUCUGUGUCUAACAGCAGAGAGUCCUGUAACCUCACUGUGACCUGCAGUACAGAGGACUCUCUCAUCAACAGCACUUUUACAUGUGACACCCAAACCUGCCAUCAGGAGGGAGGAGAGCAGUCAGAGGUCACAACCUCUGGUUCUUCUCUCCGUGUCUACCUGUUCAAUGCCUCCAUCAUCUGUAACCAUACCAACCAGGUCAGCUGGACCACGGAGAUUCAGCCUCUCUGCUCUCUAACUGCUGUUCCUAAUCUGGGCAUACCAAUUGGCAUUGGGACUGGGGCUGCAGUUUUCUUUGGCCUUUUCCUUGGCUACCUAAUAUGAUAUCAUUCCCACCCAAACUCCUAAUCAGACUGCUUCAGAGGAUGUUUCAGGUCUUUCUCCAAACUCCAUCUAUUCUUUGGCAGGACCACCUGCACCUGUACGAUCCACAGAGACUGUGAACACCCCCAACCCAGAGAGCUUUUAUGCUCAAAUCAACUGAAAAACACAGACAAUAAUAAUAAAUAAUGAUUCAGUCCAUUCACAGGACCUAAUUGUGAUGGAUUUUAAGUCCCACUCAGCCCCAGAGUGGUCUUCAAACACAUUGCUUAGAGAACUUUCUGGGUGAGAAUGUCACAGAAGAUGCUUCAGGUCAUUCUCCAAUCUCCAUCUACGCUUUGGUGGGAUUUCCAACUGCAGCUGUACAAUCUGAGACAAGCCAGAGACUGUUUAUGCUCAAGUUACCAAAGCUAUUUCGUUACCUGCAGAUUAUGGACUUUGUAAGGAAGACCUAAACUCAUUUUCCUAAUAAACCACCUCCUACAAUUAUAGAUAAACUUAUUUCCUUAAACCCUAACCAAAAAGGCUACAUUGCUAAAGUAUACGUUUUAAUACAUAACUUAAAGACUCACUCUUUGGAUAAUCUAAGGAAGAACUUGGCAGCUCUUUCUGUGAUGACACGUGGGAGAAAUAGUCUAUAGUUCCCACCUCUCCAGAACUAAACUGGCAAGGAUAUUUCCUAACAUCAAUGUCACCUGCGAGAGGUGUAGUGCAGCGCCAGCAACUCUUCACAUGUUCUGGGCUUGCCCUGGCCUUCAUCCUUUUUGGGAGGUGGUGCUUGGAUCCUUAAGCAUAUGGUGUAACUAUUGAGGUGCAACCUGUUACUGCUCUGUUUGGUAUGAACGUAAACUGGUCAUCUAAUCUACAUAAUGUCAACUCUGUACUCUUUUGGCACGCCGUCUCAUUCUGCUAAAUUGCAAACGGCCUAGACCUCCUUCCCAUGCUAGAUGUUUGAGAGAUGUUCUGUUUCACUUAAAAUUGGUAAAAACUAAAUACACGCAACAGGACGGUCUGAAUUCUAUGAAGUACG